AUGAUUAAGAUUGUUAAUAAACAAAAUUCCUUUACCUCAAACAAAUUCAUAUUGAAAAAUAUAUUACAAAGAGCUUUAAUGUCAUCAUCUUCAACACCACCGUCAAAUCAAAGCAUACAAGGGCCGGCGAUUACUUCAAUUAAGAAUAAGAUUAAAGCCAGAUUUCCUAAUGCUACCCACUUUGCCAUAUUUAAUGAUUCUUAUUUACAUAAAGGGCAUGGAGGCAUUAUGAAUUCAAGGAGUACAUCUGAGAGUCAUGUUAGGAUUGAACUAGUCACGGAUGAUUUCGAAGGGAUGAAGUUACCGAUGAGACAUAGAAUAAUAUACAAAUUGAUUCAAGAUGAAAUGCAACGAUAUAAUAUUCAUGCAGUACAACUGAAGACAAAAACUGUCAAGGAAAUGGCCAAAGUAUCGUUGCCAUCAUCUUUAUAG